UGGGCAGAGCCGCUCGGGGCGCGGUGCAACUUUGUGCGGAGCCGGCAGCGCCGCCGCCGCCGAGGGGAAAGUUUUCUUGCGGACGCCCGCGCCCAGCGCCGCCGCCGGGCCGGGAUGCGCCUGGCAGCGGGGAGGCAGCGCCCGGGCCCGGGCUGGGGCUGGCGGCUGUUGCUGCCCUUGCUGCCGCUGCUGGCGCUGGGCGGCCCGGGCGCGCGGGCGCUGGUGUGCCUGCCGUGCGACGAGUCCAAGUGCGAGGAGCCGCGGAGCUGCGCCGGCAGCAUCGUGCUGGGCAUCUGCGGCUGCUGCUUCAUGUGCGCCCGGCAGCGCAACGAGACGUGCGGCGGCGUCUACGGGCUGCACGGCGCCUGCGACCGCGGGCUGCGCUGUGUCAUCCGCCCGCCGCUCAACGGCGACUCCAUCACCGAGUACGAAGUGGGCGUCUGCGAAGAUGAAAAUUGGGAUGAUGACCAGCUACUUGGAUUUGAACCUUGCAAUGAAAACCUUAUAACAGGUUGUAAUAUAAUCAAUGGGAAAUGUGAAUGUGACACCAUUCGGACCUGUAAUAAUCCAUUUGAGUUUCCAAGCCGGGAUACUUGCCUGUCAGCUUUAAAAAGGAUUGAAGAAGAGAAACCUGACUGCUCCAAGGCCCGCUGUGAGGUCCAGUUCUCUCCUCGCUGUCCAGAAGAUUCCAUCUUGAUUGAAGGUUAUGCUCCUCCUGGUGAAUGCUGUCCACUCCCAAGCCGUUGUGUGUGCAACCCUGCAGGUUGCUUGAGGAAAGUUUGCCAACCAGGCUACCUGAAUAUAUUGGUUUCUAAAGCAUCAGGGAAGCCAGGAGAGUGCUGUGACCUCUAUGAAUGUAAACCAGUUUUCAGCGUGGACUGCAGCACAGUGGAAUGCCCUCCUGUUCAGCAAGUCGUUUGCCCCCUGGAUAGCUAUGAAACCCAAGUCAGGCUGACUGCUGAUGGUUGCUGUACUCUGCCUACAAGAUGCGAGUGUCUCUCUGGUCUAUGUGGUUUCCCCAUGUGCGAGGCAGGCUCCAUUCCUCAAAUAGUCUCACGUGGAGAUGGAACACCUGGCAAGUGCUGUGAUGUCUUUGAAUGUGUCAAUGAAGUCAAGCCAACUUGCAUAUUUAAUGGCGUGGAAUACUACGAUGGAGACAUGUUUCGAAUGGAUGCUUGUCGUUUUUGUCGAUGUCAGGGUGGUGUAUCCAUUUGUUUCUCAGCCCAGUGUGGUGAGCUGCACUGUGACAGAUACUAUGUGCCAGAAGGAGAAUGCUGUCCAGUCUGUGAAGAUCCAGUUUAUCCAGUUAGUAACCCUGCUGGCUGCUAUGCCAAUGGACAGAUUCAAGCACAUGGAGAUCGCUGGAGAGAAGAUGAUUGUACAUUCUGCCAGUGCAUCAAUGGGGACCCUCACUGUGUGGCAACAGCUUGUGGUCAGAGCUGCUUGAAUCCUGUCAAAGUGCCUGGGGAAUGCUGCCCAGUAUGUGAAGAACCAACGUACAUCACAAUAGGCCCACCCACAUGUGAGAUGUUGGUGAACUGCACAUUGACUGAAAAAGAUUGCAUCUACAGUUUCAAACUGGAUCAAAAUGGUUGCCGCAUUUGUCAGUGCAAAACUAGAGAGGAGCUGUGUACUGGCCUCAUAUCAGGUUGUUCCUUGGAUUGUUCCUUCGGUUUCCAGACUGAUGCCCACAACUGUGAGAUCUGUCAGUGCCGCCCACGGCCUAAGAAAUGCAAACCAAUAGUAUGUGACAAGUACUGUCCAUUCGGAUACUUGAAGAACAAGCAUGGCUGUGAAAUCUGUCGCUGUAAGAAAUGCCCAGAACUACCUUGUGGUAAGAUCUGUCCAAUGGGCUUCCAGCAGAACAAUCACGGUUGUCUUAUCUGCAAGUGCAGAGAGGCACCAGCUUCUCUUAUGCCACCAGUAAAAACAGGCUCUUGCCUGUCAAUGGAUGGGCGCCGUCAUGAAAAUGAGGAGAGCUGGCAUGAUGGUUGCAGAGAAUGUUACUGUCACAAUGGACGGGAGAUGUGUGCCUUGAUAACCUGCCCUGUUCCUAACUGUGGCAACCCCACCAUACAUCCAGGACAAUGUUGUCCAUCGUGUCCAGAUGAGGUAAUUGUACAGAAACCAGAACUCACCAGUCCAUCCAUCUGCCAUGCUCCAGGAGGAGAAUAUUUUGUGGAAGGGGAAACAUGGAAUAUUGAUUCCUGUACCCAAUGUACUUGCCAUAGUGGACGUGUCCUAUGUGAGACUGAAGUCUGUCCACCUCUUCUUUGUCAAAAUCCCACCCGUACACAGGACUCCUGUUGUCCUCAGUGUCCAGAUGAACCUCUUCAGCCUUCUUCAUCAAACAAUGAGAGCAUGCCUAGUUACUGCAAAAAUGAUGAAGGAGAUAUUUUCCUGACUGCUGAAUCCUGGAAACCCAAUGUCUGCACUAGUUGUAUUUGCAUGGAUGGAGUGAUUAGCUGCUACUCUGAAUCUUGCCCACCAGUGUCGUGCGAAAGACCCGUUCUGAGAAAGGGACAGUGCUGUCCUUAUUGUAUCGAAGAUACAGUACCAAAGAAGGUGGUGUGCCACUUCAAUGGAAAAACAUAUGCAGAUGAAGAACGUUGGGACAUUGACAGCUGCACACAUUGCUACUGUUUGCAGGGUCAGACCCUUUGCUCCACUGUCAGUUGCCCACCUCUCCCAUGUGUAGAGCCUAUCAAUGUUGAAGGAAGCUGUUGUCCCAUGUGUCCAGAGAUGUAUGUACCUGAGCCCACCAACAUCCCUAUUGAGAAAACAAAUCACCGGGGAGAUAAUGAACUCGAAGCACCAAUUUGGCCUACACCCAGUGAAAAUGACAUUGUCCAUCUCCACAGAGACAUGAGUCAUCUUCAAAGUGAUUAUAGAGAAGGCAAAGGACCACAACCAAAUGAAGAUACAUCUCUCAGCUCUGUUGCUUGGGUGACAGUUCCUAUCAUGACUGCCCUGAUUCUUAUAAUAGCCCUUCUGCUUGUCAAUCAGAAAAAGCAGUGGAUACCUGUGUCUUGCUACAAAGCUCCAACAAAGCCUUCUUGCCUAAAUAAUCAGCUGGUAUACGUGGACUGCAAGAAAGGUACAAUGGUCCAGGUGGACAGUUCUCAAAGGAUGCUAAGAAUUGCUGACCCAGAUUCAAGAUACAGUGGAUUCUACAGCAUGCAAAAACAGAACAACCUACAGGCAGAUAAUUUCUAUCAAACAGUUUGAAGAAUUGCAUCCUUGCCAAGGAUUUGAGAGAGAGAGCGCACGCGAGAGAGAGAGAGAGACUGAGUCUGCUAUUAAAAUAAAACUAGAAUUGUGCACUUGCUUAGUGGAUUGUAUUGGAUUUGUGACUUCAUGUACAGCUCUAAGACCUUACUGGGAUGGGCUCUGACUCCUGCAAUGUGCCAGAACAAGCAUUCCCACUUUUCCUUGAAAUAACUGACCAAGUGUUUUCUUAGAACCAAAGUUUUAAAACUUGUGAAGAUGUAUUUGCUUGUAACAUAGCUCUAGAGAUUGUUUGGGAGGGGGAAUUUGGGGUGGGGGUGGGUGGUGAUGUGAGAGGAAGCUUUGAAGAAGAAAAGCUGGUCAAGCUUGGCUUGAAGAGAAAACACACAAAGGGCAUUGCCAAGCAUCAGGAUGGUGGCUUCCUGUUGCUCUAAAACUGCAUUUGUUGCAGCAAAGCCUAAACCCAUGUGAAAAAACAACCAACAAAAAGGUCUGAUUUUUUUUUCAGCUGUUGCUACAAUAAUAUACUCCUAGAACAGAACCUGUCACAUCACAGGUAUGGUGUAGCUGCAAAUAUUUUUCUAUAUGACAAGAAGCUGUGUAGUUAACAAUAUAGCAAGAAAGAGGUUAUAGCAGAAUAUAAAGGGUGGGUUUAUUAAGGAUGUAUAAAAUUAUACCUUGUGCUGCUUUUUGUUUUUGUUUUGUUUUCUUCAAAAGCUGAUUGGCCAGAUUUUGGCAGAGUUAGCAGAUGACUGAGGCAUAAGUAAUUCCUGAUAUGAGCACUGGAUCUUUUGACAACAGUAUUGAAGAAAGAAAGGAAAAGUCAAGAACACCAUGCAGUUCCAGGGGCUUUUGUUUGUUUGUUUGUCUUGUUUUUGUUUGUUAUUUUGUAUUAAUCUCUGGUUGUUCAUACCGUUUCAAUAGAGAAGAAGGAAAAACUAUUUUCGUUGGACAAAGCUCUUGCUUAAAGAGACUGGUGUAAGGUUUUUCCUGUUGUUGUUCUUAUUUACUGGUUAUGCAGAUUAGAAACUACUUCCAUGCUAGGAAGCUGCUUAAUUUUAUUGUAUAUUACUCAAGCACCUUUUUGAAGCUCAGAAAAAAGGAGAUCAUGCUUCUUUAAACUUUAGCAGUAUAGGAAUAUUUAUGUAAAUAUAAUUAUGCUAAAAAACAACAAAAAGUAUUUGUAUGCCUGUGUGUAUGUAUAUAUACAUGUGUGUAUGUAUGCAUAUGUAUUUAUACAUGUGUAUGUACAUAUACACACUACAUAUGUAUAUAUACCGUAUAUAUAGUAUUUAUAUAUAUAUAUACAGUAUAUAUAUAAUUUUUUAAUUUUUUUCUUGUUGAAUGUAUUUUUAUCUGAGAGAGAUUUUACCCAGAGCAGAAACAGAUAAACAGGCAUUCCAUAUCAGUGCUUAAUCACUUGUGAGUUUAGGAAAGACAAAAGGAGAGCAUCUCAUUCUACCUACAGUUUUAUUUGAUUUGAAAGUGUUUUGUGUGUGUGUGCGUGUGUGUGUGUAUGUACAUGUGGGUGUGUGUGUGCACUCUUGUGUUUGCGUGUGUACAGUACGUGCACGAUUAUAGCAGUAAGCGUUGCUCUUGCUACUUGCUACAUUUCAGGGUGUUUCUUAUUUCUUUUCCUGCUUGGCCUUAAAAAGGCUUUUAAUGAAUGAGUUGGCUAGAGACACUGAUGACAGUAUACAUGCAGCACUAAUCAGUUCCACAGAAUAACACCAUCAGCUCCUGGAUUUUAUUUUUCAAACAAUUGUUUGAAACAACUACUGGAAUAUUGUCCACAUUAAGCUGGAAGUUUGUUGUAGCUUGCCUCAUUUAUAACUCUGACUGUAUAAUACAAUGUUAACUUUCCAAACAGGUCUUGGCACUUUUAUACUAAUUACCCAUUUGUGCAUUGCCUUUUUUUCUUUUACAAAUGCUUGUCAUGAAAGACACAGAUACCCAGUAUGCUUAAUGUGAAAAGGAAAUGUAUUUUUUGUAAAGGAACUCUCAAGUAUUGUUGUAAAUACUUGGUCAGAAGUUGCUGAACUUUAAAAGUGAAAAAAACUAAUUUAUUAUUAUAAUGACCUAAUUUAUUAAUCUGAAGAUUAACAAUUUUUUGCUUUAGAAUAUCAAAAAGGUGUUCUAGCUGUUUGCAUCAAAGAAAAAAAAAUAAGUAUGUCAUUAAGGGUCAACAUUUUUUCUGUUUAUAAGGUUUCAGUUUCCAAAAACAAGUAAGAAAAAAAUGUAGUCUCCCCAACAUUUUGUACUUAAUCUGAUAAUGAAACAGAUAUGUUUCUGUCCAGUCAUUACACAGAUUCUGUCAAGACAAAUCAUCCAUUCCUUGCAUAAGAGUAAGCAGUCUUUAUCCAGAAAUUGUAAAUGCUUGCUUUUGUUUUACAAUCAAGGCCAUAUUCUGGAAAUAUUAGCAGGAUAUAGGACAUGGUGUAAAAUGUUUUUUAUUAUUAUUAUUAUUAUUAUUAUUUUAUUAUUAUUAUUAUUUUAAAGAUAUGAUUUAUCUUAUGUGCUGUAUCCAUUUCACUCUUUUACUUUGGUUCCUGUUGUGCUCUUGUAAGAGAAAUGCAGAUAUCAUUUUCUGAAAAAAUAAAAUAGAUGCAUAUGUGGCACUUGGAGUGCACUGCGGUUUGGCAGAUUGCUUGUUUACUUUUUUAACUGUAAGGCGGUUUCUUGUAAUUUGGCUCUUGGCAGCACAAUAAAAAUUUUAAACCUAA